ACAUUAAUUGAGGAGAGUUACAAUGCAAAACAACAUUUUUAACAAUUGGUGUGGUCAUUGGAAACGCUGUUUACAAAAGAAGACAUGAAUGGUUCAUGAAGGCUUUUCAAAUCAGGCAUGAUUAUUUCGCUGGAUAGAGGAAAAUACCAGAGUUUAGGCUUUGAUUUUGUUAGCUGGUGUCCAUUGCCAUCUUAUUGUGCAGAGGAAAUACCGAGGGCGUGUUUGAUGUCAGUGGAAGUGUGUCGGGGUUUUUGUGGAAAGGGUGGAGAGAGGACUUGGAGAAGGAGAGAGACACCCGGAGUUACCUCAUUUGGUGAGCUCCAAGUUGCUGUAAUUUGCUGCUACCGUGCUGUUCGUGCAGCUUUACCUUCUUUUUAUUGGCCGCCACUGCUGCAGCUUUGACACCACAACUCCAACAAAGUGCAUUAGUAUGAAGUGUUUUGUAAGUGUUGUCUGCUGGGAAUCUCUUGUGGACUCAGACGUCUUUUGAGAUUGGUUUAAAUGUAUAUGCGUUGGGGUACUGCUUGUGUCCCGUUUAAUAAUUAAAAUUCAUCUGU